CCUCACUGUCUCCAGAGUCCACAAGGUAUGGCCGCUGUUCAAGUUCCUCCUCAAAGCAUCUUCAGACACUAUCGUCCUGACUAUGAAGGCCCAAGCAAGGGCAGAGCGAAUGGCCUUUUGAAUGGCCGUGAACAAGAUUUCCAUCGCUCUUUGGCUAUUGCCAAUAGCACGACUCGUCGUACGCGUCGUACUGCCACUACACCAACCAAACGCCGUGCAAGAUCACUUUACUUAUCUGACACCGGUCCCUAUGAUUCAUCCGAUGAAGACAUAAAUGCACCUGUAACUCCUCCUCCCAUAAUCCGGAGUCUGUCUCGUUAUGUGCGUUCUGCGAAAGCACAACCCAAGCCCUACGAGAGGCGUGACCCCAGCACAGUACAGCGCCGCUACGCUGCAAGCCAACUUUCCCCCACUGAUUCUGGAACUUUACCGGACACUCAGAAGGGCAAAGUUUUACUCGAAAAUCGAUUGCAAUCCCUAUCUCCCGAGGCAAUUGCGCAAGCCGUCCUCACGAAACAAGCUGAUGUUGAAUGGAGGCGCAUGCGUGCUCUGACAACAGCUUGGGAAAUCCAAGCUAUCGAAGAACACAAAAGAUUUCUUCAGAUGGUUCUUGAAGACGACAGUGACACAUAUGUCAAUGCUGCGUCAGAACCUUGGGACACCUCGCUCCAAGGGAUCUCCAGAGGAAACGUGGAUGAGCUCAAUGAGCGCCUCCACUUUUGCGUGGCCGUAUACAAGCCUGACAUAACGUCGCUCGCCGUUGGAGACAAACAGCUUGAUCUCGUUGAGGGUAUGGCCCACUCCCUUGUCAACGAUUGCGUCGAUGGAGAUCGCUUACUAGACUUCACGAGUUUGGAUGACUCAGAAGAUCAAUGCGGCAGCGGGUGUGAAUCCGAGUCCAUAGACAGUAGCAGAAUGUCGCAAGAUUCCGUCAAGUCCGUUGAAACAUCUGAUGUAAUUAUCGUAUCGAUCACCGUCACUUAUAAUACUGAUCUUGCAUAACAGGCUGGAUAGUAAAGCACAGGUUGUACCAUAUUAUGAUGCCCUCUGUUCGUCGAUAUACUUUUUAUUGGACGUUUUCCUCGUAAACCCGCUUUCAAGUCGAUUAUUAUUCACAUCGUGUGUUUCCUCCCUCUCUUUGUAGUAGUGUGUAGCCCUCAUUGAUUGAAUUCCGCGUCAUGAUCUUCAUUACGAAAUAAAGCGUCUUGCAUACACCAUGCGAAAGCAAGACGUUGACAUCGAAAGCCCCAAUGUACUAUAUAGUGGUAACGCACAACCUGGGC